AUGACCAUUCACGACGGCUACGUCUCUGUUGAUCCCUGGUUGAGGUGGGGGACAGUCUAUGACUACCUCGAUCCUCACGAACUGGUCGUCCUGGGUGGUCGCGAUGGUUCAGUUGGUGUUGGCGGCCUUGUUUUGGGAGGCGGUAUAUCGCAGUUUACGCCAAAGCGAGGAUUUGCCUGCGACAAUGUCAAAAGUUUUCAGAUCGUGGUUGCUGGUGGCAAAAUCCUAGAAAUAACCGCAAACUCUCACUGUCAGCUAUUCCAAGCCUUGAAAGGAGGCCAAAACAAGUUUGGCGUCAUCACGCGACUUGACCUUUUUACAUAUCCCUCGCCGCAAUUAUACUCGGUCUCCACCAAGUUAAAAUGCGCCCAGAAUCUCGAAGUAUCACUGACGAGCUUAUAUGUCCCUUCUACCGGCGAGCCGUAUCUCCAGCUUGUUAUGCUCUCAUCAUCUGGGAACAACGUGACUUGGACCAAGCAGGACCAAUCUGGCGGACUUGCUCUUCCCCCACCACUGGCGGAAUUUAACAACCUAUCAUAUACACAUGUCGAGGAAAGUAAGGGAACGAUGAGCAAGCUUGCUUCUGGGGGCUCAUCCCCCUCGGGCCUGCGCUAUGAUUUGAGGACGUUUGCCUUCUAUAGCAGCUCGACAAUGCUGAAACGGAUCAAACAGAUCUUCGACGAAGAAUUUGCACCGAUAUCCAAGGAGAUUGCUGGUUUCUCUGGAGUGAUAGAGUGGCAGAUCGUUACUGAGAAUGCGAUUGCACAAGGUGUGGCCCAUGGCGGGAAUGUGCCUGGUUUUAAGGGUGGUGGCCCGGUCAUCCGUUAG